AUGAAGAAUUUUUUGAUUAUUAUUAUUUUACUUAUUUCUUCAUUUCAAUUCUCAAUAUCAAAUCGAAAACAAAAUCAUUAUAAUCAACAACAAUUCGAAAGUAUUAUUAUUAAUAGUUUGCAUAAAUAUUUUACAUAUGAAUUCAAAGAACCAAUAUCAAUUAAUCAUAAUAUAGAAAAUAAUAAUGAUGAAAUUGAAGUUGAUCCUAAUGAUCAUGUUAAUGUUGAAUUAUGGAAUAAAUUAAAUGAAGAAGAUAUUAAAAAAAUGCCAGUUAUUAAUGAUUAUUCAGAUGAAUAUGUUGCUAAGAAAUGGUUAAAAUGGUAUCUUCUUAUAGCAGAACGAUAUAACCAAAUAGAUAUUCAUCUCCAUUGGAAUUAUAUGACAAAUAUAACUGAAGAAAAUCAAAAAGCAAUAACUGCUCAAAAUCUUAUUCAAUCGCCAUUUGGUCGUUUAAUAUUACCAAUAGCAAAAAAAUUUAAUGAAUAUAUGAAAUAUUCAGAAAAUGAUGAUUUAAAACGUAUAUUUGGUCGUUUAGCAUCAAGUAUAACUAGUAAUAAUGAUGAUGAUGUAAAAAGAACUUCGAAAUUACAGAGUCAAUUAGAAUAUAUUUAUUCAACAACAAAAGUUUGUGAAUUAAAGGAUAAGAAGAAAUGUUAUCCACUUGCACCAUAUUUAGAACGAUUAAUGCAAAUUGAAAAAGAUUAUGAUCGUUUAUUAUGGGCAUGGAAAGGUUGGCAUGAUGAAUGUGGAAAUAAAAUUCGUCCAGUUUAUUUACCUUAUAUUGAUUUAUUGAAUAAAAAUGCUAAAGAAAAUGGAUAUCAAGAUCUAGCUGUAAGUUUACCGGUCAUUUUUUCUGUUCUGCUCAAUCGAGCAAACCAGGCUGAUUGA